AACCGCUGGAACGUGUUUAAUUCUUCGCCGUAAACAUCCCGCUUAUGAGUUAUGUUCAUUGACAUUGCCAUUUAUUUCAGAGUUUCCGCUUAUAUAAAUAUUCCGCUUAUAGUUCAUUGUGACAGUCAUUGUUUCAGAUUUUCAGGGUUCAGAAAUUCUGAACCCCUUUUAGUUUUCUUAGCCGUAAAUAUUCCGCUUAUGUUCAUUGAUUUUAGAUUUUCGGGGUUCAGAAAUUCUGAACCCCUUCUAGUUUUCUUCAUCGUAAAUAUUCCGCUUAUAUCCAUUAAUUUCAGAUUUUCAGGGUUCAGAAUUUCUGAACCACUUUUAGCUUUCUCAUGCACCGUAAAAAUUCCGCUUAUGUUCAUUGAUUUCAGAUUUUCAGGGUUCAGAAAUUCUGAACCCCUUUUAGUUUUCUUAGCCGUACGUAAUUAAAUAUUCCGCUUAUAGUUAUAUUAAUUGAUUUUAGAUUUUCGGGGUUCAGAAAUUCUGAACCCCUUCUAACUUUCUUCAUCGUAAAUAUUCCGCUUAUAUCCAUUAAUUUCAGAUUUUCAGGGCUCAGAAUUUCUGAACCCCUUUUAGCUUUCUGCACCGUAAAUAUUCCGCUUAUGUUCAUUGAUUUCAGAUUUUUUUUAUUUAAUUACGGCUAAGAAAACUAAAAGGGGUUCAGAAUUUCUGAACCCCUUUUAGUUUUCUUAGCCGUAAUUAAAUAUACCGCUCAGUUAUAUUAAUUGAUUUCAGAUUUUCAGGGUUCAGAAAUUCUGAACCCCUUUUAGCUUUCUUCGCCGUAAAUAUUCCGCUUAUGUUCAUUGAUUUCAGAUUUUCAGGGCUCAGAAAUUCUGAACCCCUUUUAGCUUUCUUCACCGUAAAUAUUCCGCUUAUGUUCAUUGAUUUCAGAUUUUCAGGGUUCAGAAAUUCUGAACCCUUUUAUAUAGCUUCCAAUGAUCAAUAUUCUGUUGUCUUUUAUUAAUUUAGAGAAUCUUAUACUUAAACCUUGUUUUUUAUCACGUUUUUGCGGAAGAAAUAGUAGAAUACAAAGAUUCCGUAUAAUCCGACAACCAAACCGAUAUUUGCGCUGUGGAGUCAACAUUUUCUGGUUAAUUUCCUGUUUUCUGCGGAUAUUUGUAAUCGGACGCACAAUUUACUUUAAAAUAUGGAAUAUGCGCUAACAAAUGCGAAUUUUUUCGCUUAUAAUAUUUUUAACCAGUUUUUGCGAAUGUAGUAUUGAAAGAAAUUCCGCACGGCUUGAUUUUUACGUCAAUUUUUGC